UUGAGCACGUUUUACUGUAACGUGUUUUCUAAAUUAAAGUUACAAAAUUCAGAAAAAGAUGAUACCCAAGCUCACACCUUGCAAACUUUCUACAUUUCCAGACCCCUCCCAAUAGCGAAGUAAAUAUAAAUGUUAAUAGCAUAUUGAGUGGUAUUCUUCUCUAUCUAUUACACGUUAGCAAAAACCACCGGUGUAUGCAGGCCGAACAGGUGUCAACCCCAGAAACUCCACGAACGACGUUUCUGAUGUUCGUGGCCGCAAUACCAAAACGCCGGCCUCAAUCAAAUAAAAACUUCCCACACUUAAUUUGCAAUGGAUGAAAGCUUCGUCUUGAACCUACCGGUGAGUCACGUGGAUAAAUCCCUCGAAACCUCUGGUUGGGACAAAGAAAGCAUGCGUGUAACUCUACGCCACACUCUAGCUCAUAUUCGCCAUCUGAUCUGGUCUUUCAGCCCCAAGCAUGAGCUUCAGUCCCUGUCUUUACUGUUUUUGUAUUUUUCCAAGGAAAUAUCUGACAGCUUGCUGCUUUCUGAAAUCUUUUCUGUGAAUGAUCCUCGUGAACUUAGCGCUGUUCAUGGGCUCUCGCUUGUUGCUGACUAUACGGACCCUCCUGCUGUCACAAAGAUACACACUGUUCCAGAAUUGUUUGAUGUGGAAGUUGUGUUUCAAAGGGUCUCAAGCUCUGGUGACAUACAGAGGUGUUUCUCACGUGAAUCUCUAUUCUCUUCGGUGCUGAGUAUUAAGGAACUAGUCGCCGUGAGAUUCAACCUUGCGCCCGAGGACAUAGAGAUGCGCUACAAGGAACAGACUCUUGAAGAGAAAAUGGAUCUACGUGAAGUAUUGAAACUAGACGUGCCCCCACUUUACAUGGUCCAACUAGGCCUUCAAAGAACCACUGCUAGAUGCCCAGUAUACGUGGAAGCAAAGCAGCCACAGGAUAUUUCGCUCUCCUUCACAAUGCAUGUUGAUCGAAACAUUCUGAUCCAGGAAUUGAUAGCGGAAAUCGCUCGUCAAACGGCGGUCAGCGCUGACCAGCUAGAGCUUUACACAAGCCAGCACUGUUUCUCCAGAAUGCACAGCAAAAACAACCUGGCACGGCUCCUGGAAUUCAUUGAUUUGGAAGAAGCCCCUGAGACAGUGCCUGAAGUCAAGUAUGUGGUCAAAACAGGGGUCGAAACGUCAGAAUCCGAGCUCGAAUCGCGAAAUUCGGAUGCCACCCCCACAUCGGCGAAGCCAAGCGAGCCGAAACAUGAAGCUGGGUGUGCCCAGCGAAAACCAGUACGCCCCUCUUCUGAGCUUUACCAGCUCGAAUACAAGGGCCGGUCUUUUGAGUUCACCACCGCUGAAUGCAUACUUACACCAGACGGAAGUCUCUUGUUGAAUGCACACGCCAUGGCCAAACUCGCACUGCUUGGCAUCAAUUUUCCUGAGGGAUCCCAUUCUAUGGGCUCUAACUCUGGUGCUCUAGAUGGUACAACCUUCCAAACGCGCACGGAACCGCCAACGGUGAUAUCUUCAACUAGCAGCGAAACACGGUAUUUCACAGACUCCUCAGCUCAGAAUUCUGGCCAUGUCAUGCCGGAAAUAACUGCCAGAAAUGAGGACAUCGAGACCCCGACAGUCGGGCCAUCUAGCAACUCCAGUGAUCCACCAGAUGCAAGCCACAGCAAUGUUACCAUGGGACCAAACCAAGAGCCCGAGCGUGUAGUCGAAGAACCAGCCAUACCAUCCAGAGAUAUCGAGGAUGAGAUAUUGGGUCUCCGGGAACGAGAAAAUGGUUCUGCCUUGGGUGCUAUCAUUCAUAUCUUGAAUGAUAAUAGAGCCUUCCUUUUGCAGCUGGUGUUACAAAUCGGAUUCACGAUGUUUUUGAUGGGCGGUGAUCUCUUCUAUGAGUUGCUUGACCCUAUGAUCUUCGCUAUAUUAGGGGUCGCGAGCGCUAUGAUUGCGUUCUUCAUCUUUGGCAUCGAAAUCAGCGACUGGAUCAACGAGAACGUCUUACUGCGAGGUAACGAAAACCUGCUCGAUCACGCAAUAUUGAAUUGUGUCUCGAUCCUAUUCAGGUCGGCAACGAGUAUCCACGUGAGAACAUGCAAUGCUAUCAGCCUACAAUGUGUGAGAAUCGCAGCACGACUACAUAAAACCAGAAUCGAAAGACUAGAGGAACAGGUCUUUGGAAAUUCGUUCUUGAAUGCCUUCAAAUGUCUCCUUCUACAGAAUAUCCAGGCAUUGUUCAUGGGUGCCGCCACGAUCUUUCCCUUUCUAGAGCAUGACUUGGCUCGAUUUUUCGAGGAGGUACAUCGUCGUGAGGGAGAGGACCUCAGGAAAGUCAUUCAGAAGAUUUUGUGCAAGCUCAAGGCCUCUGAGAAUCUGGCGAGAUUGGUAUCAUUGGCACAGGCACAACUCAGAGUGCCCAUCCACACACUCGCAGACGUGGAUGCCCCACUUGUGCUGGGAUUGGGGGCUUCUUCUGAAAACGAGGAAGACGAGGUCAGCACAGAAAGAGCCAGGUCUGAGGAAAAUGAAGACUUGUUACGUUGCUACUUGCUGUUGAAGUGGCUCGAGCGGCACACAGAUGCGCUGGAACUUCCGCUGAUGUUGCGUCGGGAACGGCGACGGGAAUAAAAGAAGAUAGGGAGUGGUCAAAAGUUUGAGUAUUCGAAAAGAAAAACAAUCGAGUUCAAAAUAUAUCACAUGCCAUCAAAUGCCUCACCGUAAAAGAUGAGAAAUGGGAUGGCUUGACAGUAGAAAAACCAGGAUCGAAUUCGAGUCUCAGUUUCUCUGUAGAUGGUAAAGUGAGUGCAUGCAGAAUCUGAAAGGAAAUAGGGAAUUAGCAAUGUCGGCAACUACAACGCAAUGUCGCUGAACUGAGGAAUUUUCCUAAGCACUCCAUUCUCACAUGGAACAAUGGAUUGUGGAAUUGUGAAGACGGACUUAGAUUGCCAAACACGGUGGAAACAAGUUCAAGCAUGUU